AUGCCCGCUGUUGAUCCAGACGAUCCGGUACCUGAUGACCCAGUGCCCACUGUCAUGCCUGGUGACCCGAUUCCCGCUGUCGAGCCAGACGAUCCAAUGCCUGAUGACCCAGUGCCCGCUGUCAUGCCUGGUGACCCGAUGCCCGCUGUCGGGCCAGGCGAUCCAAUGUCUGACCCAGUGCCCGCGGUCAUGCCAGUUGACUCGGAGCCCACUGUCGUGCCUGAUGAUGUGGUGCCCGCUGGUGAGCCAAAUGACCUGAUGCCUGGUGACCCAGUGCCCGUUGUCGUGCCUGAUGACCCGGUGCCCGCCGCUCCACCUGGGGGCCCGCCGCUCCGCCUUGGGGCCCGGCGCCCGCCGCUCCGCCUGGGGGCCCGGCGCCCCGCCUGGGGGCCCGGUGCCCGCCGCCCCGCCUGGGGGCCUGGGGGCCCGGCGCUCCGCUUGGGGGCCCGGCGCUCCGCCUGGGGGCCCGGUGCCCCGCCUGGGGGCCGCCGCCCGCCGCCCCGCCUGGGGGCCUGCCGCCCCGCCUGGUGUCCCGGCGCCCGCCGCUCCGCCUGGUGGCCCGGUGCCUGCUGCUCCGCCUGGUGAUCCGGAGUCCUGCCCGGUGUGCCACUGCCCGGAGUCCUGCCCGGUGUGCCGCUGCCCGGAGUCCUGCCCGAUGUGCCA